AUGAUGUCUUUAGAAUCACCAAUGGGAAAUGUUAUCAAAAUUCGAAUUUUGGUUGUGGAAGAUGAAUCUUUAUGUUUUCCUCUUACUACUGAUUUUUUUGAGAUGUUUCACCACAAAGUUAUUGUUGCAAAAAACGAAGAUGAAGCAAUUACAAUGCUUCGCAUGCAUGAAGGAGUAUUUGAACUUGUUCUAAUAGAUGCUUAUUUGGCCAUGUCAAUCAAUAUCAUUGAGUUUAAGAGAUACGUUGAAGAAGACCUCAAAAUCCCCCUUGUUUUGAUGGCUAUUGACAACAAGGAGAGAGUCCAAAAAAUACUUGGAUUGGACAAUGAAGCAUUCAUAAUUGCUAAGCCACCACCAAUACUUGACCUUCAAAACCUUUGGCAAUUUAUACUUUCAAUGCGCAUGACUGAACCAAUUGACCGCAACAAUCGGAGAAAAAAGGUGACAAACAAAGUAGGUGGUCAAAAUGCUACUCGACCACCUAAAAAAAGGCUGGUUUGGACACCAAAAUUGCAUAGAAAAUUCUUGGACUCUAUUAGACUUCUUAGUUUCAAUAGUAAGUACUUUAACUCUCUUGUUUUAGUUAAUGAGUUUGCUUCACUACCCGACUUUCAUGGGAUAUUUGGAUGGGCUGUCCCAAAAAAGAUUAUGCAAUUCAUGAAUGAGCCAGGAAUAACUCGAUCACAAGUAGCUAGCCAUUUGCAGUGGCAAAUAUUGCAGAAGUACAAAGAUUACUUGAGGAGAAUUUGUGAAGCAAAAGCCAAGAAAGAAGAUGCUAUACCACAAAAUUGGACUCAUAAUCCAUUUAGAUCAAACUUCACAAUGAGCCGAUUCCCAAAUCUAGCUCAACAUAGCUACUUGAUAAACUAUGCUCAUGCUAAGAGCCUAAUGGCUGAGACAACUAAGAACAACACCAAUCAUGUUGCUUCUCCAAAACUUAGAGGUGCAUCAACAUCAUCUAGAGGUCAUACGCAGCCAAGGAUGACCAGGUUUCAAAAUGAUUUCGCGAAAUUUGCGCAACCUUCAAUAAUAGGUGGUCGAAGAAAUGAGCAACUUCGAGUGACUUACCCUAGUGUUGCUCAAAAUUCGUUGAUGGCGAGCAACAAUUCGAGCACACAAGUUCAAGUUGCUCAACAAGGUAGAGGAUUUUAUGGGCCUAAUCGCGAUUUAUUUGGAAAUACCAUGGGUAGAUUUAACAAGAAUAGUUCAAAAUUUGAUGGUACUUUUAGGCAACCACAAUCUUUUGUCAACAUAUCCUCAAAUUUUAAUCAACAAGCUAAUUUUGUUGGCAACAUGGACAACUGUUUUGGACAACAAAAUCCUAAUAUGGUUAAUCCUAUAAACAAUAACUUUGGUGUCCAACCUCAAUUUGCACCUAAUAUGGCUAAUAUGAGAAACUCUGUUCCCAACUUUGUGGAAAAUAUGAACAACUUGAGUAACAAUGUUCCCAACUUUGUGGAGCAACCCGUGAACAACUUUGGUGUACAACCCCAAGUUAUGAAGAACUUUUCAGGGCAACAACGUUACAAUGUUCCCAACUUUGUGGAGCAACAACCACCUUAUGCAAGCAACAUCGGAAACUACGUUGGGCAACUCCCUUGUGUUGACAACAUGCCGAACUUUCAACAACAGCCAAACAUCGGCAACAUGCCAAAUGUUUUCGAGCAAAGACAAUAUGAUGAUGGUGUUCGUGUCAUAAACGAGCAACGACAAUAUGAUGAUGGCGUUCGUGCUAUGAACGAGCAACAACAAUAUGAUGAUGGUGUUCCUCUUAUGAAUACAAUGCAUAAUGAUUUUGAGGAGCAAGAAGUUGAUCAACCGGUUAAAGGUGUUAAUGACAUUUUAGUUGAUGAUUAUAAUCAACAAGUGAUGGUGCCUAACAAUAUGAAUGACUAUGUUGUCCCGAAUCUCUUGACUGUUGUUCAUCAACCAAAUCUUAUGCACAACGACAUGAAUGUCCCUUCUAUUAAUUUUGAAAAUCAAGGAGAAAACACUCUUCAAUCCUUCCUUGAUAAUGAGCUUGAGCAGGCACUGUUGGAAUUUAAUUCUGCUACUGGAUCUGCAUAUGACCUUCAAGGUGGGGCAUCAUCUAAUGCUGUUGAUGAAAACUCCAAGAAACGUCAACCAGUAAAAGUUUCACAAAAUGAUCUGGAUGAAUUUGCGGCCUUGCCAUCCGCGGAUGAUGAAAACGUUGGUGACAUUCUACCAUUGCCAAAGGAGACUUGAACAUUUUUCGUUUGCUUUCAUA